AUGGCAGACUCAUCAACCAGCGACCCGACCGUUUCGGGCAAUCGAUACUUCCGAGUGACCGACGAUGACCAUCGCGGCGUCAUUCUGGUCGUCUCCAUCAUAUGCGCCGCUUAUGUCCCUAUGCUGCUGGCCCUCCGUGGCACCUUUACCAACAAAAGCAUCGGUCUGGAUGAUGGAUUGGCUAUUGCCGUAUCAGUGGUCGGAUUGAUACAUAGUAUGCUGGUCUGGGUGGCCGUGUCCCAUGGACUGGGAAAGUCAUAUGUCGACAUAUCAGCAUCCGAUGCGAGUUCCAUGGGCAAGCUGUUGCUAGCCUCGAUCGUCAUGUUCCUGUUGGCCCUAUUUUUGACCAAAGCCUGUGUGAUUAUCCUAUGUCGGAAGUUAUUCAGCAUCAACAUGAAACGGCAUCGGACUUUGUGCGAUACCAUGACCGUACUUUGUGGUCUUUGGUGCGUGGGGGCUAUUCUCGCGCUCACGAUCGACUGCGACUCCCUCCAACAGCUCGGAUAUCAUACCUCCUUCUGUCCAACUCUGACCAAGCGAUGGAGUGCGGUGGCCGUCGUGGAUGGAAUCAGUGAAGUCUUGAUCUUCUUAUUGUCGGUGGCCGUCGUCGUGCCGCUUCACAUGAGCACGGAUCGCAAAUUAUCUGUUCUCCUCACCUUUGCACCAAGAUUGGCUGUGAUUGCACUGAUUGGCCUGCACGCCCACUACAUAGAUGUCACCACGCAUUCCCUCAACCCUGGCGUCAAGAUCGUGACCCCAGUGGUUUACCGACAAGUCCUGGUCCUCUUUGCGAUUGCGUCUGCAGCACUGCCGGCCCUCAAUCGAGGUCUGCGCAAGUUCAACACCAGCAUGGGUGGUACAUGGAUGGACACGACCCUCUCGCAGGCGAGUGGAGGGAGGGAGACACAAGGACAAGCCUCGAUCCCUCUCAAGUCAAUGAAGACGAAUAAAAGCAGCAUGAACCGAAGCAAGAGAAGAUCACUGGAUGAAGAUGAGAUUGACAGCGCCGAUAAAAACCCCAACUUCCGGCCUGACAAGGUCCAGCACAACACCACCGCAUACUGGGGCAAAUCGGUCGACCCUGACGCGCGAUCAGGACAGUCUCAAGAAAGCCAGAACAGUGAAGCCAAAAUCAUCCGCAAGGACAUGCAGUGGCGGGUCCAUUACGAGAAUCAGGGCCCCUCGUAA